AUGGGAGCCCACGUUGAGAAGGGACGUGUGCAGGGAAAGUCCUCCAACAGGCUCACCGAGAACCAGGGAAUCUCCCUCGACCACCAAACCACUCAACAGCACAGCCAGCUAAGGGAGGGAAACACAACUUACGUGACCUAUCACAGAUUAAGCAAUGUGACACCAAAGGUAUCAAAGCAAGCUGUGCCACCAGGAGGUCACAUGAAAUGCACCAGCACUUCCUGUCAACACCAUCCCAAUGGAGACAAACACAGUGUAACAAAAAAUGACUACCACUGUCCAACAAUAAAACCAAGAAUGGGAUCCAAGUCAGUGUACAAAGGUGAUUUCCCAAAAUGGAUUGCAGACAAGAGGCAAUUAUGUAGGCCGCCUGACAAACUGCACUUUAAAGAGGGGGAAUUUGCAACGACAUCAACCUCUGAGGAGACCUAUUGUUACAAAAAUCCCGCUCAGAGGCAACUAUGUAGGCCACCUGACACAUUGGAGCUUAAUGAUGGAGGAUUUACAACAUCUACUACCUAUAAGGAGAACUACAGCUAUAAGAAUCCCACUCGGAGGCAAUUAUGCAGGGUGCCUGACAAAUUGGAGCUUAAUGAGGGAGCAUUUACAACGUCUUCCACCUAUAAGGAGAGCUACUGUUGCAAAAAUCCUGUUGAAAUAAGAAAGAGCUUCAAGCCGGUCCCACAGACACGAAAACAGAUUCCUUGUGAUAGGACAACUACCUGCAGGUUGCCAUAUAAGGGUCUAGCAAUCCCACCUGCAAAUCUGGUCCGGAGAAAAAAUCCAGCAGCCUUUGAUGCAACCAUUGAGACCCAAGACAAAUUCAAAAUCUGGCCCCUAGGACCAAAAUACCGUCACAAGACUAAAGACUACAUCCCACCAAAGGACCACAUGGAAUUCUGCUCUGGGAUGCAUGCUGACUGUGUGGCACAUGAUGAUUACCAGUGCCCCAAGUUGGACUUGCCACAGAUCCUAAAAAGCAAGGAGCCCCUACAGGCGAGAUCCACUACAACAGUGGACUACAAGGCUAGGGACACAGUGCGUUUGCCCCCUUUGGCCCAAAAGCAAAUGCUUGAGAAACCCAAGUGGACCUUUGAGGAAACAACCACUUUAAGACUGGCAUACAUGCCCAACAUUGCCAGGCAAGUUGUCAACUGCAAACCCAUGCACAAGCCUUUGAGCUCUAGGCCUAUGCUGGGUUGA